CAAAGGUACGUCCUCCUUGCUCAUCGCUUUUCCCUCCGUGCACGCCCGUCGCCUCGCGUCUCUCUGCCUGCGUCCACCCGCUGUACUCCCGCUGUCCGUGUCACCGUUUCGCUUCGCCUUUACGUCUGCGCUUGCGCCCCGCCUUCUGCCUUGCUCAAUUGUCUAACACCACUCCGUCCACGUUGUCUCUGCCUUACUAUUUCGUUUUACCCUCUUCGUUUUGCCCCGCUUUCGGCCAACGCAUCGUAUCCGCUACUCACUCUACGUUUUUGUGACUGCGCAGAGCUUGUCGCCUUCCUGAAAGAGUCAAAUCCAAAUGCAAUCUCCGGACCUGCAAAGACAGAAGAAAUCCGAAUCCUUCACCUGGGCAAGUUCCUAGACGAUGCAAAGACCCUCCAAGAGUGUAAAUUUGCAUCGGGGCCAGACAAUCUCACGACUGUACACAUUUCCCUACGCGUACCAACGAAGGCGUCGGAGGACGUCAAGGAAAAGAUAAACAAGAAGGGCAGCGCUUGUUGCGAAAUCAUGUGAUUUCAUCCCUAUGCUUACUCCUCAAACACAAGCCCAUCUGCCCACCAAUAUCUUGUUCAACCUUCAAAACCCGCCUGCCCCAUCCUUUUCUGUUAUAUUUCUCUCUCUCUCUCUCUCCCUUCUGCACGCCUCAUGUGCAACUUUUUUUUCUCUCUCCCGUGCGGACGAGGGUGGGAACGAUGACAGAACAAUAGCUGGCAAGUCCAGACCUUGUAAGUGGCGUUGGUUGAACUGCGGCGCGCUGUGGGGUUCGAACGAUGCGAGAGGGAUCCGUUCUGUAGUAAUGGCUAAGAUCCUUUUGUACUUUUUGGCGCGUGGCUUGUGUUGCCGUGAUCGUGAGCACGGAGGAGGUUGAGAGAAGGGGAUUAUGCACAGUGUUCAGCCUUUCGCCUCGCUCACAGAGCGACAAGCAGGUGCCGCACAAAGCCAUCGUCACGCUUGUGCACUGGCGAGCCUCUGCCGCGCCGCGACGUUUUGCAAUGUAUCGGAAACUUUAGUCAAGCUAGUGCGCCAUGUAAAUGUAACGUCUGAAAAGAA